ACUGCAUGCCUUAUAUGUAUAAAUAAUCUAGAUAUCUAGACUGAGUUGAAUUGUGCUUGCAGUGCUAUAUAGCAUCAUAAUUAGUAUAAUCUAAUACCAUGGCCAAAUUGAACAUAGGUUAUGAAGCUCUUGUUAGCUGUCAUGAAAAGCUGGUCUCUGAAAUUGCUCAGGACCCUGAGCAAAUGGCUAUCACAUUAUUCCAGCAUCGCUUCAUAUUCGAAGAUACAAAAGCUAAAAUCAAUGAGCUAGACAGAACCAGAAGAUAUAAAGCGAUAUUGCUAGUGGACGACAUUGAAAACAAAGUCAAGUGUUAUCCAGAGUUCUAUGAAAAAUUCCUGUUCAUUCUCGGUGAAAACAAUUACAAAUGGCUGUAUUGUGACCUUUUGAAGUUACUUCAAGAGGAGUAUGAAAAGAUUGAACACAAGUCUAAAGACGGAUACGAGAGCUAUCCAUUGAGCCUGCUACAACCAUUCCCUAUACCAUCACGGAUUGCAAUGGCUGAUGAAACUGAUUUAGACAUUCUUGAGUUACCUACCAUGGACGAUGGAGAUGGAGGGACACUACCUGAUCCAUUAGAGCACCCUCCUGAUGACACUGAAGUGGGAGCAGACCUCAGAGUAGCUGCAACACAUCGACAGAAAGCACCUACUGUUGAUUCAUUUGAAGGAUGAUUGCUACAAGCCUUCCAAAGUGGAGAGUUUGAACAAGUCAUUGAGCUUCUAUCCCAGGCUGAAAGUCAGUCCAUUGAUCUGAGAGGCGUGUCUGAUGCAGACGGAAAAACUCUUCUUCACCUUGCUUGUCGCGAAUACUGGGUGAACUCAUACCAAAUUGUGUGCAGCCUUGUUGAUAAACACCAUUGCGAUGUUGCAGCAGUGGAUGAAGAUGGGAACACACCCCUUCAUGAGGCAUAUCAAUGCGGCAAUCUCCCAAUAGUAGCAUACUUACUUAGCUUACCGACUUGUAAUCCUGAUGCAAUCAACAAGUACGAGUACACUGUACUAAGAAUGGCCCUUGAGACAACUGACAAACCAACUGCGAGAGAUCUUCUAGCGACAGGACGAGUUGAUCCUAGAAAAGGUAGCUCACGCGGUCAUAGUUACUCAGAAUUGCUUGCAAUGAAUCAUCUUCAACCACAACCACAAGAUUACGAUGGCUCAGCUCUUCAAAUGGUGAUCCAGUUUGCAGAAUGCAUAGAGGGUAGCAAUCAUGUUCGCCAACCGUUCACUUCUUAUUGCUUGCGUGACACACUCCAUAAAAUCUUAAAGAAUCGUGACCAAAUUUCAAUCGGUGGAAUAGUAGAUCGCAUUAAGGAGAACAUGUUACCUCUUCCAGCAAACCCAGACGAGAUUCAUGCUUUGCUCAUUGAUAUUCAAAGAUUGUCUGACGAGUUUGACGUACAUGGGGAGUAUACUAAUGAAGUUCAAGUUCGUUAUAUGCCAUUAAACUAUGGAAGCUAUCCAGAGAGCCUGCUUCAACCAUUUCCUAUGCCAGCUUCGACUGUCACUGCUGAUGAACCUGAUUCAGCAGGAAUUCCUGGGUUCUCUACCGUGGACAACAGAGGUACACUAUCGAACCCAUUAGUGCACCCUCCUGAUUACGCUGAAGUAGUGGGAGUGAACCUCAGAGCAGCUGCAACAAGUCGACAGGAAGCACCUACUGGAGAGGAGUAUGUAUCUCGAAACUCGCUGUCAGCUGAUAGCACCAUUGAAGAUCAGGAAACACCUGACCACUACUCCUACGCAAGCGAUGAACUACCACCCUCACGUCGCCGUGCACUCACUCAGAGGCUGAGACGAGAUGAAACAAAGCCGAAGUAUAUUAAGUUUGGAAUUCUCUUUAUCAGUUUCUGUUGUGGGUUUGUUGUAUUCUUAAUUCUCGGAAUAUGCGGUGUAGUAUUGUAUGACGGCUAUUCAUUCAUCAGUACUACCAGUGUGGUGCAAAUUGAUCGGCAAUCCGUACCACUGAUUGUAAUUCAUGACUUACCAACUGAUUUAGUUCGGCUCACAGAGUUUGGAACAGACUUUGUUCCCAUUAGCUUCUAUACAUUGAGGGAUUGCUCUUCUAAUGAUUCAUUCAUAAACGUUGAGAUCAAUGAGACGAUAACUGUAAACUUUAGCUCUCCGACUGACAAAAGCAAGCCUGUUACUGAGUUGUAUCUGGCGAGAAACACUACAGUUACUGUAGCUAUCACCACUGUUGUCCUCUCAAACUAUGAAACUAAUCAUUGUGUUGCAUUUCUCUUUGUUUUUGACAACUUUGACAAGUUCUUAAGCUUCACUUCAAGCUCAUUUUUAGUCAAAGAAUUCUAUUACAAAGAAUGUAUUGUUAAUGAACAAUUACAGAAUAUGAAUAUAACUUUCGACAAACCAUCGUACUACUAUAUCGGUGUGUACACGGACAUUCCCACUGAAGCUACUACUUUCUCUUUACACUUUGUUGGAACGUAUCUUCAAUACGACAUUUCUAAUAAAGAUGCUGUCUGCACUAUAGACUCUCGUGAUGAUUUAAAUUGUGAUUUUUUCCCGGAUUAUAACAACCAGCAAACCUGUAUUGUUGGUUUUGUUCCACCUAUAUCUACUGAUACACCAUCUGAAGUAACUGUAAGCUUUUACAUGUACGUUGGUAAAUACUGGGAGACAUCCAUAGAUUCAUCAUUUUUUACUCCUCUAGUUCUAUUUAUUAUGUUAUUUCUUGUGUUGGCUUAUUGCUUGUGUACACGUAAAACAGAAUAACUUUGCAUGUUGUUUCAUGGUCACGUUUUGUUUCUAAUCUGUAUUGACUGACAUUGAGUACAUGUAUUCCCAAAACAUUAAAGUAAUCUCUAAAUUGAAUUGUUUAUCUGUUCUCAAAA